GCUGCAACAAAGGCUGUGCUCGGGCAGAGGCGUCUCUCUCUCUCUCUCUCCUGCAGUUUUAUAUAGGAACCAUUUCUUUUUUUAUAUUAUAUAUAUAUAAUAUAUAACCAAAAAAAAAGCCCCCGAACAGUCGCCGAGAGAAGAAAAUGGCAGGAAAGGCAUUCAAGAAGUUUCUGCCUCUCUUUGAUCGGGUUUUGGUGGAAAGAUAUGCAGCAGAACUGGUGUCAAAAGGUGGAAUCAUGCUACCCGAAAAGUCCCAAGGAAAAGUCGUUCAAGCAACCAUUGUAGCAACUGGACCUGGCGGCAGAUCAAAGAAUGGUGACAUCCAGCCAAUGAUGGUAACAGUUGGUGAAAAAGUUCUACUGCCAGAAUAUGGAGGCACUAAAGUCAUCUUGGAAGAGAAGGAAUACUACUUGUUUAGAGAUGGAGAUAUUCUUGGAAAAUAUAUAGAAUAAACAUUGAUUGCUGCAAUCAGUUCAUGAGACUGACCAUUCCAGAGUGCAGAUGUCUUUCAUAUUGUUUAAAUCUGUAAAUACUAAUUUGUCCCAUUUUUGGAGCUUUGCUUUGGUACAAUAAAAUCAAUCUCAAAAUAAACAUCCUGUUUCCAUG